AUGCGGGCCUUGUGUCCUCCCGGCUGGGUUACUUGGCAAGACUCCUGCUACAUCUUACUGCCUGAGAAGAUGAAUUGGACCAAUGCGUUCAGUGUUUGCGAUCGUCCUGGAAGCGCCAUGGCUAUACCUGAAUCUCAAAAGGAACAAGAUUUUAUUUGGCUAGAAAUGAAAACACAGGCGAUACAAAAUGGUCUGAUUGAAGAAGAUGAAAACUGUCUUUGGAUUGGGUGUAAGAAAGAUCUGAUGAAUCCUGGACAACUGUCAUGUCCUGGUAAGAAAGUUGAUUCCAACUACACUAAUUGGCGGAAAAACACUUAUCGCCAUGAGGGCCAGGACUGCAUCAUAAUGCAAUCAAACCACAAAGGUAAAUGGGGAGAUGGUACCUGUAAACAUACCGUUUUCGCUGCUUGUGAGAUGCGCGUCCCUCCUCCCAUGUACUGUCUGACAGCUGACGUUGACGGUCGCUUCACACCGCAGUGUCUGCUGAACCAUGACAUCAAGAACCUGACAACCAAGGGAGUCAUUGGGUGUGGUCAGGCGUGCUGGGCGGAGCCUCGAUGCCACUCCUUCAAUCUUUGGCAGCAGGGUAAGAAAUGUCAGCUUAAUGACGCAUCCCGCCUGGAGGCUGACGUCACUGAUUUCAAGAACAUGAAGGGCUGCUCCUUCUUUGAACUAUAA